AUGUCUCAUCUUCAUCGCACAAAAAUUUCCUCGUCCAUACUAACAACCCGUUCUGGUCUACAGGCGUCCUAUAACAUUUCGCUCAUGAUAGCAAAACAGGGUCGCCCACAUACCGUUGCCGAAGAUCUGAUUAGGCCCUCCAUACUUGAAGCAUGUAAAGCUGCUAAUGUACCGAACGCUGCCUCAGUUUUAGCAAAUAUUCCACUUUCAAACAACACUGUAUCUUCCUGCAUUUGUGAAAUGGCCGACGAUGUCGAAUCCAUAGUUGUUGAAGACUUGCGACACUGCAGAUUCUCGUUGCCGGUGGUUGACAGCACUUUUGACAACAAAUGUGUUGUCCUUGCCUUUGCUUGCUAUUUGAAAGGUACCACAGUUUGUGAAAACCUACUCUUCAUGAAAACCGUACUGAAAAACACGGGAGGGACGAUCUACAAUGCAAUCAUGGAUUAUCUUGCUAAAAAUGGCAUUGAUCCCCUCAAUCUCAUAUCAAUAUGCACUGACGGAGCACCGUCUAUGAUUGGCAAAUCCCAGGGUUUUGUUGCCAGAUGGAUAGAAUUUAAUCCCGUCUUCACAGUUUAUUGCGUUCUCCAUCGAGAAAACCUGAUAGCAAAAAGAACUGGAAAUAAUAUAUUUUCUGAAACCCUAGACUUAAUUGCUUCCGCAGUAAAAAAAUAA